AUGAAGCAAAACACAUCCGCAGGAGGCGACGACGGCGUCCGAGUCCGACGAAAGACGUCGUCCCGGGGCCACCACAAGUUCGUCGGAGUCCGCCAACGCCCCUCGGGGCGUUGGGUCGCCGAGAUCAAAGACUCCUUACAAAAGGUUAGGUUAUGGCUCGGGACGUUCGACACGGCCGAAGAUGCGGCCAGGGCUUACGACAAGGCAGCUCGACAGUUGCGGGGCGCAAACGCCCGCACCAACUUCGAGCUGCCCCAGUCGGGCCCCGGCUCGGCGUUCCCCGAGAACGCGGAGGCGUUCUCGUUCGACGCCAUGUGUAGGACCGACGAGGCCAGCGACCUCGUCAGCGCCCUAGUGGCAAAAUUGUUCAACAAGAAGAGUUCUCGCGUGCUAAUCAGCGGCCACGCGCCUUUUGCCCCCCAGUUGGGCAGUUUCGCCUUUCCAGGUGAAACCGUCCAACCCCCUAGUCAAAUCACAAAAACCGCGGCCAAUCAUCACGUUCUCGAUGUUGAUGGCCCGGUUAGUGACAAAGACGUAUUGGGUCAGAAUACGACGUCAGUGGGUCCGGACUCAAGCUUGGAGUGGGUAGGUGAAGCCCAAUUGGGUUGGGAGCCACAGGUGAUGAGCCAAUUGGAAGAGGAUCCAUUCUUGAUGAGUGCAUCAAAGGGUUGUACGUGGCCGGCCAUGGAUUUGGGGUACAAUUGUAAUCCACUUAGUGAAGUGUUAGCAAUCAAUAUGAAGGGAAGAAAGGAUGUACAAGUCGAUGCAGCGUCGACUUCUUGGGCCCCACUUAUACCUUUUUAUGGAUAUCAAGAUAGUAACAAUUGUGUUGGAGCUAAUAUUGAGUGGGAUUCUGAGCUUCAUUAUGUUGUACCUUCCGUACUUAGUUAA